GAAGAGAGUGAGCGAGCAAGGGAAUGAUCAACAGAAAAGAGAAAGAGAGAAAGAGAGGUAUAGACUAGCCUUGUCUCUCACUUGCUCACUGCUCAGUGCUCACAUACCACUCGUUCACAGUGAGAAGAGAUUCAACACUCACCCUCUUAGUAAAGCCGCCAUGGCGUCUGAGGAGACAGUACGGCAGAGGGAUGCCACACACCCUCCCCCUACAGCAGCAGGAGGGACACUGAAGGAGGCGAAGGAGGGGGGAAAGAGUCACGUGAUUUAUCAGACCAUGACAGCAGCAUCCAUAGGUCUGGGGGGCUUGGUGGCUACAGUGGCAAUGGGCUACACCUCUCCUGCCUUACCAUCCAUGCGGGCUGACCCAGACAUCCACAUCACUCCAGACCAAGAGUCGUGGAUCGGCGCUGUCAUGCCCCUUGCAGCGCUGGCCGGCAGUGUCAUGGCUGGACCGCUGGUGGAUCGUUUUGGCCGACGGACCACACUGGUACACCUCAACUGGCCCUUCUGCUUGUCCUGGGCCCUGAUAGCGUGUUCUACUGGGGUGAGUGGGAUCAUGCUGGGGCGAGUGCUGGGAGGCGUGUGUGUGGGGAUGCAGGCUGUGGUGGGCUCAGUACUCAUGCCGGAGAUGGUGCAUGUCAGCCUCCGUGAUGUGCUUGCUGCCUUCCCUGCACUGUUUGGUAACCUGGGCCUGGUGGUGAGUUUCGGCGCGGGUCAGCUGUUGUCAUGGCGUGGGUUGGCGUGGCUUGGCGCUGGCUUGUCACUGCUGCCCGUGCCUCUCCUCCUCCCUCUGCCUGAGACACCACACUACCUCACUCGCACAGGGCGUGCUGAGGCCUCCCUGAAGGCACUGCUGCAGCUGAGAGAGUCGAGGGAGGCUGCCGAAAAGGAGCAGAGAGAGAUAGACGAGAGCGUGAACAGACGGUCGGCACAGGAGGAGGUCGGUGUGAAGGAGCUGUUGCGUGCACCUAACUUCUGGCCACUGGCUGUGGCUAUGGGUCUCAUGGUGGCGCAGCAGACAACGGGAAUCACGGCAGUGGUGUUCUUUGCCUCCACCAUCCUGGAGGUGGGCGGCGAGGCGCUGGCAGCCAAGGCGUCAGUGCUCCUGGGUGUCAUCAACCUCCUGGGGAAUGUUAUUGGUAUUUAUUGCAUUGGGACGUGCAAGAGGCGGGACUGUCUGCUGUGGUCCACGUACGGAUUGCUGACGUCCCUGCUGGUCCUGGCCACCUUCUUCUGGGCCAGGGAAGCAGGGGGCGCUGCUCUGGAGCUGGCCAACAGCCUGUACCUGGUGCCCGUGGUGGCCCUGCUGGCCUACAUGGUGAGCUUUGCCCUGGGGUGGGGUCCCGUGCCCUGGGUGUUCCUGGGGGAGGGCAUGCCGAGCCAGGUGAGGGGCCAGGCGGCGGCGUUGGUGGUUAGUGCCAACUGGACAUUUGCCUUCGUAGUGACAAAGACCUUCAGGUGGAGUCUGGAUAGCCUAGGUUCAGCCAACACUUUCCUGAGCUACGCGGUGAUGACUGCUGCUGCCGUCCUCAUCCUGCGCCCCUACAUGCCAGAGACCUUCAAGAAGUCCACGGCUGAGAUGGAUAGGCUGUACUUGGAGGAAGCGGCCAAGAAACAGCAAUAGAACCACAAACAUUAGAGGUACAGGAGAAGUUGCAACACUGGAAGUCAAAUGUUGGGAUGGAUAAACAGUAUGAGGGGAGAGUAGUGAUGAGGCGAUAGUAGAAGUACACAGCACCAUACAGAAGCCGAGAAAGUACAUAGUAAGUGACAAGCAGAAGUAGAAGUUCAUACUCAAAGACUGAAAUUAGAGAAGCUGUAACUGGAAAGAACAGGCAAGAAGCAAUAACAGAAGCAAGGAAAAGAGAAUAGUGUUGCAUUGAUAUAGAACACAUGAACACGAUUAAGGGUUAGUGCAAGAAAUCAUCAUCCCUACACGUGGCAGUUCCUGUGCCUGUCACCAAGCUGUCUUCCUCAUCCGUACACUUGUCAGAUCUUCCAUCAACGUUUGUUAUUCUAAGUGCAAUACAGUGUGCCUGGGAGUUAUUGAGUCAUGUUCUGUGUUGCCUGCACCAUUAAGUUAUUGAUAUUUGCUGUAUGUUUCUAUAAUAACAAUGGUAGUUUAAUUAAAGUUAUAUCAUUAAU